CGGUUCAGCGUCCUCUCAAAAUAACAAAAAACCCCACAAUUAUUUAAAUAAAUUGUGCAAAUUUAAUUGAGAAUAUAGAAUGUCGACCAAAUCCCGACGUGCUGGCACUGCCACACCACAACCUGGCAGCACUUCGACCCCAUUGCCGCCAUCAGGUGGACCCGCUCCACAGCAGCAACAACAACAGCAGCAGGCCUCAAGCCCAUUGAGUCCCACGCGUCAUUCGCGUGUGGCUGAAAAGGUCGAGCUCCAGAAUCUCAAUGAUCGUCUGGCCACCUAUAUCGAUCGGGUGCGUAACCUGGAGACGGAAAACUCACGUCUCACCAUUGAAGUGCAAACUACGCGGGAUACAGUCACCCGCGAGACAACGAAUAUCAAGAAUAUAUUUGAGGCGGAACUUCUAGAGACACGUCGCCUGUUGGAUGAAACGGCACGGGAGCGGGCAAAGAUUGAAAUCGAUUUGAAACGUAUGUGGGAGGAGAAUGACAAUCUGAAGACGAAUCUGGAUAAGAAAACGAAGGAGGCUAGCAUUGCUGAAGCCAAUGCCCGUGUCAAUGAGUCUCGGGCCAACGAUUUGAGCCAAAAGUAUAGCCAGGCAAACGCAGAUCGUAAGAAGGCAAACGAUGAUCUUCAGGAGGCACUCAAAGAACUGGAUCGCUUGCGUAAACAGUUUGAGGAUACGCGCAAGAAUCUGGAACAGGAGACUUUGGCUCGCGUCGAUUUGGAAAACGCCAUACAAUCGCUCCGCGAAGAACUUUCAUUCAAAGAUCAAGUCCACUCGCAAGAGAUCAAUGAAUCGCGGCGGGUGCGUCAAACUGAGUAUAGCGAAAUUGAUGGCCGCCUGGCACAGGAGUACGAUGCUAAGUUGAAGCAAUCGCUGCAAGAACUUCGCUUCCAAUAUGAAGAGCAAAUGCGCAUCAAUCGCGAGGAUAUUGAGCAACUCUAUGAGGAUAAGAUUCGGCGUAUGCAGGAUGCUGCAGCCCGCACUCACAAUUCCACCCACAAGUCAAUUGAAGAGCUACGCAGUACUCGCGUUCGUAUCGAUGGGCUGAAUGCAAAGAUCAAUGAUUUGGAGGCCACCAAUGGUGCGUUGAAUGCUCGUAUUCGCGAGCUGGAGAAGCAGCUGGACAACGAUUUGGAACACCAUCGUCAGGAGGUGGCUUUGCUAGAAAAAGAAUUGAUUCGUUUGCGUGAAGAAAUGACUCAGCAAUUACAGGAAUACCAGGAUUUGAUGGACAUCAAGGUCUCUUUGGAUUUAGAAAUUGCCGCCUAUGACAAGCUGCUGAUGGGCGAAGAGGCUCGCUUGAAUAUCACUCCAGCCCCCAAUACGGCUACGGUGCAAUCCUUUAGCCAAUCCUUGCGUAGUAGCACUCGGUCAACACCAUCGCGCCGCACUCCCUCAGGAGCGUUGAAACGCAAACGUGCCUUUGUGGACGAAUCGGAGGAUCGCAGCGUAUCCGAUUUCUAUAUAUCGGCCAAUGCAAAAGGCAACGUGGAAAUCAAAGAAAUCGAUGCGGAUGGAAAGUUUAUCAAACUCUAUAACAAGGGUGCCGAGGAGAUUGCCAUUGGCGGAUGGCAAUUGCAGCGUUUGAUUAACGAGAACGGUCCUUCGGUUACCUAUAAGUUCCAUCGUUCCGUGAAAAUAGAACCAAAUUCCUCUGUCACAGUGUGGUCUUCAGAUUCUCGGGCCCAGCAUGAGCCACCCACCAACAUUGUGAUGAAGCAACAGAAAUGGACCAUCGGGGAUAAUACAAAAACAAUUCUUCUCAAUGGCGAUGGCGAGGCAGUGGCAAAUUUGGAGCGCAUUAAGCGCAUUGUUUCCACACAUGUCUCGUCGUCAACCAGCCGAAUGAGUCGUCGUCGCAGCAUUAGUGCUGUUGAUGGCAACGAGCAGCUUUACCAUCACCAAGGCGAUCCCAAGCAGACCAACGAGAAGUGCUCCAUUAUGUAAAGCACAACUAAUUUCAAUUAAUUUCACAAUUCAAUAAUUUUUCAUAAGUUCAAACCACAAUAACAACAGAAAAACAGGAAAAUUUUCUAUACGUUGCCAGUUCCAAAUGUUUUUUUUGUCACCGUCUCUAUAUUUAGUAUUUUUUACGUUCUUCAAUGUUCUUUGGACGAAUAUUUUAUUAACGUUCCCCGCCCCCUAACUUGUUCAAUGUAAAACCAACUGUAAACUUUAUGAGGCAUAUUCAUAUAUAUGUAUACAGGGGUCUGAAGAAAAGGGCACCCUUGUGCAUGUGUGCCACAUAGAAUUUACAUGGUUUAUUUGCCUAGACGCAGUUUCGUAAUGUCAAUUUUUUUGGUGCUCUCAAGUUUAUUUUAAAUAUUGGUUGAAACAAUAUUUCUAAUGAACUUGGACACUACCUUAACUUACCACUUUUACUUUCUAAAUCUAUCUAUCUUUCUAUAAAUAUAUUAAUUAAAUAAAUAGUUUUUAAGUCAUUUUUCUAAAACAACAACAAAAAGUAUAUCACCAAUAAAACAAAAACAAGAAAUGAGA